AUGUUCGAGCAAGAAAAGUCCAGACAACACUCCCCUCCACAGACCAAUUCGAGACGGCCUUCAGCACGAGAUACUCCAGCAACAACUCGACCAAAUUCUGUACGCGAGAAGAGCGACGAUGAAAAGUCCAGGGAAAGCAUUCCAGAGGACUGCGAGGACCGUGAGCAGCAGCACCCGCCUACUAUUCCCGAUGCCCAAGGUCGUCGCGAACUGAAGGAAUGGGACUGCUGGGACAAGCUGGCUUAUUCAUGGCCUAAGUGGAAGAAAGCCAUGUACCUGGCUUCUAUCGCCGGUAUCCAAAUUUCCAUGAAUUUCAACACCUCAGUCUACCCUAGCGCUGUCAAGCCCUUGGUCGCACACUUUGGUAUCAGCGAGCAGCAAGCGCGAGUGGGACAGAUGAACUAUCUGGUCAUGUAUUCUUUCGGCUGCGAGCUUUGGGCGCCCUGGAGUGAAGAAUUCGGAAGGUGGCCGAUUUUGCAGCUGAGUUUGUUCUUCAUCAACUGCUGGCAGAUACCCGCUUCAGUUGCUCCGAACUAUGGCACGAUGAUUGUAGCUCGUGCUUUGGGUGGACUCUCCACUGCUGGAGGAAGUGUGACGCUUGGUUUGAUCGCAGAUCUCUACGAACCGGAAACCCAACACUGGCCAUUAUGUUUCAUCGUGCUGUCCUCAACCAUUGGUACUAGCAUUGGUGGUGUCAUUGGAGGCCCCAUCGAGAAAUACUUGUCAUGGCAAUGGAAUUUCUGGAUCCAGCUGAUCUUCGGUGUCGCUGUUCAAGCCAUCCACUUUUUCAUGCCCGAAAGCCGAUCUACUAUUCUCAUGGACCGAGAGGCUAAGCGACGUCGCGGGACGGGCGAAGAUCCCAACAUAUAUGGACCAAACGAACUCAAGAGCCCUCGAAUCUCGUUGAAGGAGGCGGGCAAGAUCUGGCUCCGCCCCUUUGAGAUGUUCGUGCGGGAACCAAUUGUUCUGUUCCUCUCUCUUCUCUCCGGAUUUUCGGACGCGCUGAUUUUCACAUUUCUGGAAGCUUUCGCUAUCACGUUUUCAGAGAACUUCGGGUUCGGUACCUUGCAGGUCGCAUGGGCCUUCAUUCCAAUCAACGUAUCCUACUGUCAUUCGUCCUGCUUAGUUAACGGAAGCGCAGCACACUGA